UGGUUCCUAUUCAUAACAAUCAAUUGGAAAAACUUUAGGAUGAGAAAAUAGUUUUUGACCUUUCUCAAAUAUCCAUAAAGUGGUAAGAAUAUCCCUGGUUAUUCUUAUGGUGUCGACUGAUUCACAAUGCCUAGAUCUAAAGCAAUGGACAUGAUGGGUUUCACUUCCCGGCGAUCCAUGCUAGAAAGGGAAAAGGCGGUAGAUGGCGCUCGCAAUCCAGGUGCCAGUAAAUUCGGUCAUUCAUUAGCAGAAAUCAACUCCAAAAAGGAUAAAUUACUUCUCCGUGAACUACGCAAAAUUGAAUGUGAAAUUAAAAGCAUGAGUCUACAAAUGAAUCAGCGAAAAAAGACAUUUGUAAAGUCUUGUCAUGUGCUAAAUUACGAUCCUAUCAUAUUAGUAGAAAGACCACCUUCACCACAAAUGAAGAAAAAGGCACUAGCAAUGUCUAUGGGAUUAGAUGAGGAUGAGUAUAAUGAACACUUUGAAAACGAAAAGGUCCCACAUUACAUGCACCAGCUCAGAUCAAAACAAAGGACUCCCUCUACCUUAAACACUAUAGAUGCAUUUACUGUCACAAAUAAGAAGAAAAAGAAUAUAUGGGAAGAUGCAGUAGACCAAAACGAAGCUCCCGUGUUCCAUAGCACUGUCAGACCAUGUUUACAGCUGACAAAACGAGAACAAACUGAUCUACAGAUGGGAUGGGCAUUACACAAACCACGACUAACUCCAGACAGCGAGGUUCAGAGGGAAGGGCUAGAGGACUACCGAAAAUCGAAAACCCCGCCUCGUUCUAUUACACCCAAAUCACGUGUCUCUACUGCCGAAAAUCAAGCCAAUGCAAAAUCUAUUAAAGAAGUACGCGAUGUUAAUGCUACUAAAAAUACUCAAGUAGAUAGUGAUGAUGAAUUCACACCAUUUAUUACUCAAAUGGCAAAAGUCAGAAACCACAGUUCACGGGCUAAAGAGUCAGAAAAUGUUCCAAAGGGGUACAAGCGUGACCCUAUUGUCGUUACUAUGAAAUCAGUUCGAUUUUCCUCCAGUAUCCCAAAUACACCUGUUCAAAAGAAACGUCCUAAAUUAGCUGCCACAAAGAUUGCAUAUUGA